UGUAGGUGAAGUGGCCACCUGAUUCAAAUACACGAUUUCGAGGAAAAUUACGAUUCGCCCACCAUUUGACUCAAAUUUCACAUGAAUUUCAUUUGCAUUUCGCUGUGUCUCCGGGGGCGUCAACCCCAUUGUAGCCAUCCGCUACUGUAGCGCCUUUUUUCUAUAAAUACCAAAGCCAUUGCACUGGUUUGCUUGUUUAUUUUCAUUUUGUGUAAGGCGAGGUGCUGCGUGGAGAGUGGGUGUGAGAUAGGGAGAGAAAUAUUAGUUUUUGUAUAUAUUUGGUGUUUCUUUCUCAUUUUGUAGGUGUUUUAGGGGUGCGGAGGUGCGGAGGCGGACUCGGCAGCUUGACUUUGUUGAAGAGCUUAAAAUUCAGGCAAGGCCUUGAAGUCGAAGAGUGUUAGAAUCUUAGAAGUUUCUGUUUCAACAGAGGGAAUGGAGGUAUAUGGCAAAUCUAUGGUUGCAGGUCCUGCAAAUGUUGUUUAUCUGUCGAGUAUUUUGGGCCGAGAUGGGCCCAUUCCUGGUCACAAAUGCGACUGGAAAUGUGAAAAUGAACAUGUUUGUGGAAACAUGUAUCGCUGCAAGCUAACAGGGCUGACUCACAUAUGUGAUAAGAACUGCAAUCAGAGAAUUUUAUAUGAUAACCAUAGCUCUCUUUGCCGAGCAAGUGGUAAAAUUUUCCCUCUUACAACAGCAGAGGAACAAGCAGUGAGAGGUGUCAGAAGAAAGCUUGACAUGGAGAAUUCACCCUCAGACAGCUGUGGUGGUUUUAAGCGUAGACGGGAUGCACAAAUUCAUCCUUCUCCUUUUGAGAGAUCUUUCUCUGCUGUCAGUCCUAUCUGUAGCCAAGUUGGAGAUGGCAUGGAUAUGAGCUAGAUUUUUAUUAUACAACUCAAAAAGACUCUUAAUAAUUUCUUGUCCUUUUGGACAUUUUUCCUUUUUCUAUUGGACAAGUUACAGAACUUGAUCUAUUGUGGACUACUUAUUGCUGGACCUUACAUGUCCGUCUCUUGUAGGAACUCCUAUAUUUCUAGUAUUUAUGUAAUGUAGUGCUUGAAGUAGCUUGACUGUUGGAUGGCAAGUUUAUGGGACUUGAAUUGACAUCAGUCUCUUGUUAACCUUAUUGAGAGGCAGACUGCUAUAGCUAGCUACAGCUACAUGAUGCAUUCUGUCCUUUAUGAUGCUUGAUUAUGAUUAUGACCCACACUAUUGUAGUAUAUAUGAGCAAUCUGUAACCCUUUUCUAGCGUACUCUGAAGUUUAUACGAUAGUUAAUCUGUGAUAGCAGGAAAGCCCUAUUGUAGUAUUUGUGUGAUGGUAAUUUGCACCUUCCUGUUAGGACUUGUAUUCUUUCACCGCUUCUGUUUCCCCGAGUUAAUCUAAACUAACAGGUGACUGUUGUCAAUCUUGUCACUUCCAGUCUGAUCUCUUUAUUCAGGGUUUGUUGUUAACCUUCUACUUCUGUAAGCUCAGGGUUCUCUCUGGUUCUUCAUAUGAACAAGAUCUUUGCCAUGUUAUCUGGUGAAAGGUUUAGUAGUUCAGAUUUGCAUCUGUAUUGAUUAUCGCUCUAGCUCAUUCUUUCGAUGAUUUGAUUGAUAACUAGCUGUCUGAGGUUAAUGUAACUUGUGCAGGUUUUGAAGUGAAAGCUACCAAGGGCCCUUGAAAACACUUGUUUGCAAUAUUGAAUAAAUUAUUGUGAAAUCGAUAUGCUGUUCUAGAUGAUGAAGAAGUGAUAUGCGUUUCUUGUUUUCUCGAUGCAGGAUGCCUCUGCUGAAGAGUGGAGACGACGUUUUCAGAUCUGGAAACAUUGUCUAGAGUGAAGGUGAUCUGACAUGAUGUUAAAAGAGUUGGAAUUGACAAUUCCAAAGGUGUUUAUAAGAUCAUGGUUAUCUCAUCCGGAAACAAUGUCAAGAGCGAAGGUGAUCUGACAUGAUGUCAAAAGAGUUGGAAUUGACAAUUCUGAGAUCACGGUUAGCUGCAUCUGGAAACAAUCUCAAGUGUGAAGGUGAUCUGACAUGAUGUUUAUAAGAUCAAGACGAUGAUUCAAACAGGAUUCUGAAAGCUGAAAAGGCAGGAUACUGAAUCCAACUUCGAAACAGAGGACCUCAUUGAUAUAUUCCAUUACACGCCCCUUCAGACGGUGGCUUUGAGCUAACGAGGACUGGGCCGGAUCAAUUCUUAGAAUUACCAUGGGUCUGUCAAACCUGCAUGUUAUCUCCUUGUUUUUUUGGAUUGAAAUUGAUUUUCUCCUCGCAUGUCAUUUUUUCCUACCUGCUCAAUUUACCUGACAAACAACAUUCGGCUUUUGGAGGAGAGAUUAAUGACUACCCUCCGGUCGCUCUGUUCAUUUAUUGGGACUCUCAGAGAAUCAUCUUUUGAGACAGGCUUAAUUUGAAUAGUUUAGAUUUAA